AUGGCUGGCGUGGCCGGGCUUGUGCUUCGCACGUGGCGCGGGAAGGUGCCGGCUGGCACGUCCCGGCAGCCUGCAGCUGCCCUAGGCUGCCGUGGCGUGGCCGGCAGGCGAGGUGGGGAGCUGCAUGUUGGCGCGGUGCUCGCGAUAACCGUUGCCUCCCGCUCCCCAGGGGAGAGCAUACCGGUGCCGGAGGAGCUCUUCCCCACCCUGUGCCGCGGGGCCACCAGCCAGGCCCCGGCCAUGAGCCGCACGCUGCUCCUGCUCCUGCUCCUGCUCUGCGGCCCCGCCGCCGGCCGCCCCCCGCCCGCUGCCACCCCCCGCCUCAAGCUGGCCUUCCCUGAGCUGCGGGCUCGCCACGGGCUGCGCCUCUUCGCACUGGAGCGCUCGUGCUGCUACGAGGCCCUGCUGCUGGACGAGGAACGCGGCCGCCUCUUCGCCGGCGCCCAGAACCACCUCCUCUCCCUGGCCCUGGAUGACAUCAGCCAGCGGGACAGGAAGAUCUACUGGCCGGCACCGGUGGAGUGGAGGGAGGAGUGCAACUGGGCUGGCAAGGACAUCACCGCCGAGUGCAUGAACUUCGUGAAGAUCCUACACCCCUACAACCGGACCCACCUGUAUGCCUGCGGCACCGGCGCCUUCCACCCUGUCUGCGCCUUCGUGGAGGCUGGCCAGCACGCGGAGGAGCCCAUCUUCAAGCUGGACCCCCAGCGCACCGAGGACGGCAAGGGGAAGAGCCCCUAUGACCCCCGGCACGCAGCCGCCUCCGUCCUCGUGGGCGAGGAGCUCUACUCCGGGGUGGCCACCGAUCUGAUGGGCCGUGACUUUACCAUCUUCCGCAGCCUGGGCCGGCGUCCCUCCAUCCGCACCGAGCAGCAUGACUCCCGCUGGCUCAACGAGCCCAAGUUCGUGGCCGUUUUUUGGGUGCCGGAGAGCGAGGACCCCGACGAUGACAAGAUCUACUUCUUCUUCCGUGAGACGGCGGUGGAGCGGCAGCAGGGGCUGGGCAAGACCAGCUUUGCCCGCAUCGGCCAGAUCUGCCGGAACGACGUGGGUGGGCAGCGCAGCCUGGUGAACAAGUGGACGACCUUCCUGAAGGCUCGGCUCAUCUGCGCUGUGCCGGGACCCGACGGGGCAGAAACCCACUUCGAUGAGCUCCGGGACGUCUUCCUGCUGCAGACAAGGGACAAGCGCAACCCCCUGGUCUACGCUGUCUUCUCCACCUCCAGCUCUGUUUUCCAGGGUUCGGCCGUCUGCGUCUACACCAUGGCCGACAUCCGCCGGGCUUUUCUGGGCCCCUUUGCGCACAAGGAGGGUCCCAACUACCAGUGGGUGUCGUACCAGGGGCGCGUGCCAUACCCCCGCCCGGGCAUGUGCCCCAGCAAAACCUUCGGCACCUUCGGCUCCACCAAGGACUUCCCAGACGAGGUGAUCCAGUUUGCCCGGCACCACCCGCUGAUGUACAACCCGGUGCUGCCCCAUGGCCAGCGCCCCCUCUUCCUGCAAGCCGCUGUGCCCUACACCUUCACCCGCAUCGCCGUGGACCGCGUCACAGCCACUGAUGGCCACUACGAUGUCCUUUUCAUCGGCACAGACGUGGGCACGGUGCUGAAGGUGGUCUCGGUGCCCAAGGAGAGCUGGCACCGCAUGGAGCCGCUGCUGCUGGAGGAGCUACAGGUCUUCCAGGAUGCCUCCCCCAUCACCAGCCUGCAGCUCUCCUCCAAGCGGCAACAGCUCUAUGCCGGCUCGGCCACGGCACUGGCCCAGCUGCCCCUGCACCGCUGCGGUGCCUACGGCAAAGCCUGUGCCGAAUGCUGCCUGGCCCGGGACCCGUACUGUGCCUGGGAUGGCACUGCCUGCACCCGCUACGUGCCCAACACCAAGAGGCGUUUCCGUCGGCAGGACGUCCGCAACGGUGACCCCAACGUGCUCUGCUCCGAAGACCCCCGGCGGGGCAGCGUGCCCCAGAAGCAGCUCUACGGGGUGGAGGGCAGCACCGCCUUCCUGGAGUGCAUCCCCAAAUCCCUGCAAGCCCGCGUCCUCUGGACGUACCAGCGCACCCCGGAUGACCCCCAGCGAGAGGUGCCGACGGACGAGCGGGUGGUGCGGACGGAGCGGGGCAUCCUGCUGCGCAGCGUGCAGCGCGCCGACGCCGGCCUCUACCUCUGCCACGCCACCGAGCACGGCUUCACGCAGCCCCUGCUGCGGCUCUCCCUGGAGGUGAUCGGGGCCCGGCAGGCAGCGGGCAAGGCGCCGGCCGGAGACCCCCAGCUCGCCGCCGGGCCCCCCGGCCGCAAGGUCUGGUACCGGGACUUCCUCCAGCUGGUGGAGCGCCCGCCGCUGGGGGCCGCGGACAGGGGCUGCCAGCGGGUCUGGAGCCGGGGCAGACCCCCGCCGCCCCCCCGAGCCCCCCGGGCGGCCGGGGCCGCCUUCGCUGCCUGGUGGUGA